AUGGCCAACUUGCCACCAGCAGUCCUCCAUGGGGAUUUGCAGGAGGGGGAGCACUCAUGGAGACCAUCACAGAUUCUGUUGGACAAUGUUGAAGGGCAAGAUAAGAUCAAUUUGUGUCAAGUCUUCAAGUAUGACACAGCUUUUGGCUCCAAAUCACUUGGUGGAGAACUUAUCCUUCCCAAAGAUGUCUAUGAACCCUCCUUUGACUACCACAAAAGUCUUGUGAAGAGGAUCAAUGAAGCAGCCAUGCAAGAGGAUACACAAAUCAAAGUGAUCAAAACAGAGAAGGUUGGUGAAAGGUACAAUGUUUACAUUGGCUGCAAGUACUCCACGAGUUAUAGAGACAAGAUCGCUUACCAAGGAAAAGAGAACGCAAACAGCAAAGCCGCUGAUCUGUACAAGGAUAACAUUCGUGUGGACAGACUUGUGGACAAAGAUGCAGCCAACCGCCAUCACGGCAGAAGCGAAGCCAAGAGGACUUAUACUCAGCUCCCACCUAGUGGGAAAAAAUGUCCCUUCCGAUUCCUCCUUGUUCUAAUUCCAGGAAAGCACUGGUACAUUAGAUUCACAGAAAAGUCGAAAGGUUGUCACAAUCACAAGAGGAUUCCAAUUUCAGAACAGAAUCGGCCAUUGUCAUCCUUUUCCAAAGAAGAAUUGAAGCAAGCUGCGAGAUUCAGUCAAUUGACCCAUUCUGGAGCUGCAGUCACUCUCACACAGGAGCUCACUGGAGCAAAAGUAACUGCUGCGCAAUUGGAUUACAACAGGAAGAAGGUUGAGGGUCGCAAUCCCAAUAGAGCACCAAAAACACAGGCUGAGGAAUUGAUUCAAUACCUGAAGGUGCAAGUAGACGAUCGUAAGAUGAGGUAUGUGGCACUUUUUCAUGAAGUGUCAAGUACAACUUUGCUUGCAUGUGACAAGUAUGAGCUGAGGAAGAAAGCACUUAACAUCGCUCAAGACAAGUAUGGACAUCGCUCACCAGAGAUCAGCGACCCAGAACCAGAUCCUCAGCUAGAAGCACAGCCAGUCACCAUAUAUGCAGAGACACAAGAUGAGAAUGGCAACACAUCAAAGAAAGCACUGAAGCUCAAGACUACCAAAGAUCUCCUUGGUCUUGGAGAAGCAAUGGUUGCAAUUCUCAUGGAUCAGGCAGAGGAUGAGGUUAGGAGGCAGCAGAUGAUCGGGAAAAAGGUGGUUCUGGCAGUCUUCUGGUGCAGAGAAGAUGAGAGGAAGAUGUUUGAAAUGUAUCCCGAGGUGAUGAUGGUGGACGUCACCAUGGGAACCAACAAUCAAGGAAGACCCUUGUUUGUUACCUGUUGCAUUGGUCCAGAGAUGCAGAUUUUUAGUCCUUGCAAUUGCAAGAAUCCAGUUGGUUCUCAGUGA